AUGACGACGACUUUGUUCGUGAAACCUCGGGAAGUGAAUAGUGUUUCUCAGUCCUUCGAGGCACGCCUCGUCGCACUUUUUGGCCACGCAUCCGGCGGGGCUCAGCAGAAUCAUAUGGUCUUCAAGAUCACGAGCAACGUGCCACGCUCGCGCGGGCUCAUAAAAUUUGAGGAUUCUCACGAACUUCCCCACUGGACCGACCACGACAACGACCAGCUCUCCCUUGAACUCCACUAA